UGCCGCCUACCUGCCGCCAUCAUGUGGAGAGCUGUCGCUGUCGCGUCGGCCCCGGCACGGGUUCUGUUCCGCGCUCCUCGGCGACCGGCCGUGAGCGUGGCCGUGUCCCCCGCCGCCGCGUUGGCAGACGAGCGGGUGGAGACGCGGGUGGCGGGGCUGGGCCCGGGGCAGCCGGUGACCCUGCGGGCGGUGGCAGCGGAUGAGCGCGGAUGCCUCUUCCAGUCGUGCGCGCACUAUCGGGCGGACGGCCGCGGCGAGCUGCACCUGGGCACGGACGCCUCGCAGGGCGGGGACUACACCGGCGUGGAGCCCAUGGGGCUCUUCUGGAGCCUCGCCCCCGCCGGUAUGGAGAGGCCUUACCAGCGGCUCGUUCCCCGCAGCACCGGCACCCCGAUAAAGGUGGAGAUGCUGGUGCACCAGGGCCAUAGCCAGCCCGGCGCCUUCCCCGGGCCCGUGGUGGCCAAGGCCGAGGUGGAGAGGUGGUUUACGGCCCCCGGCGUGCGGAGGAUCCGGCUGAAGGAGGGAAGAGUAAGGGGCUCUCUCUUCCUGCCGCCGGGGGAUGGCCCUUUUCCAGGAGUGAUCGACAUGUAUGGGGAUGAAGGAGGUUUGGUUGAAUUUAGAUCCAGUCUCCUGGCUACCCGCGGCUUUGCUGCUCUUUCUCUGCCGUAUUUUGACUUUGAAGAUCUGCCGAAGGUCAUGAAAGAAUUCCAGCUUGAGUACUUUGAGGAGGCAGCUAGAUUCCUACAGCGUCACCCCAAGGUGAAGGGACCAGGAGUUGGAGUGAUUGGGACUGGGAAAGGGGCAGAAUUAGCACUCUCCAUGAUCACCUUCCUGCCUGAAGUAGUGGCUGCGGUCUGUAUCUCCGGCUGUAGUUCAAACACAAUCGCAGACCUCCAUUAUGGUGAGAUGAGUCUGCCUGGGCUGCGUUUUGAUAUGAAUAAGGCGAAAGCAACAACUAUCAGCGAAGCUCUAGCCAAAUGGGAAGAAAAAAAUGGCCAGAAGGCUUCAGAGGCAAAGGAGGUGAAGCUGUAUGCUCAGAUUCCUCCUGUAGAGAGGAUGGAUGAAUCUCUCUCCGUGCUUGUUAACUGCGAGAAACUCUCGCUGUCUACAAACUGCAUUGAAAGAAUCAGCAACCUGAGCAACCUAAAAAACUUGAGGAUUCUGUCUUUGGGAAGAAAUAACAUAAAGAACUUGAAUGGAUUGGAGGCAGUUAGAGAGACUUUAGAGGAGCUGUGGAUCUCAUACAACUUCAUUGAGAAACUGAGGGGUAUCCAUGUAAUGAAGAAGCUGAAGGUUCUUUAUAUGUCAAAUAAUUUGGUGAAAGACUGGGCAGAGUUUGUGAGACUGGCAGAACUGCCAUUACUAGAGGACCUGGUGUUUGUAGGCAAUCCACUACAACAGAAAUUCUCUGAUCAGAACAGUUGGAUUGAAGAAGCAACCAAACGGGUACCCAAGGUGCGAAAGCUGGAUGGUGUCCUAGUUAUUAAAGAAAAAGAAGAAGGAGCAAACUGAUGACAUUUCUUCUUGGGUAUUUAGUUAUUUAGGUAACUCCAGAUAGCUCAGCACAUAGAACUUUUUAUAUUAAAUGUUUGUUUUGAAGAGAAUCUUUGGGCAAUUUUGAAAAGACCAGUUUAUCUCUACAGUUUCUCAUCCAAAGAGUUAGUUACCAAAAUGUGGGCACACCAGUUUUGUCAAGUUUUUGACACCUUCUUUAGAGACCAGUGGAGCCGAGUUCAUCUGCUGUUUGGCUAGCAGGAGACCUUUACCUAAACUAACACGUAACUGGUUUUAAUCCCUGAUAAGUGAUGCUUGUUGUUGUAAUAGAACUAUUUUAGCUUGUUAGGUGCAGCUGGCCAACAUUAUAAUUGGAAAAACCAAGGCCAAAAGAAUAACGUUGCUGUUUAGAGGCACAUGACAGCGUUUGUUGUGUUUACUUUUGCAAUGGAAAUCCCUCAGUAUUUUAAAUAUGCGAUUUUUCCGUUUCAUCCCCUUCACUGUUACACCAAACAGGCCCUGCAGUUGUGGACCUAUGCACAAGGAAGUGUUGGUCUGAUGAUUGCUUGUUACUGGCCUUAAGAUCUGAAUUGGGCUUCUUGCAUUGGAACUCAAUUGCAUUGCUUAGAAAGCCAUGUAUAACUUAAAUGUUUAUUUAUUUUAAAGAGGUUCUACACUGGACGUGGUGGAUGACAGAGGUGGUAGAAUUAAAGCAACUGAUUCACAUAUUGAUGGUGCUACACCAUGUCAUGUAUAAGCUAACACGAAGCUUAGCCUUCACACCAGUGGGGAGCGACUGAGUUAAAUGGUGAAAGGCUUCUCUUUCUGUAUCACUCUCUGCUCUUCCCUCUCACACCACAUCCAAUGAGGUAGUAAGCACAUUAUUCUUCAUUGAUGAAAAGAACACCCAUGUAAAACUUGCAAGCCAUGUGGAAUGCUGCUUUUCCCAGGGACAUUAUGGAGGAUGAGCAUCCACUUUAUUCUUUAGAGAAAGACCCUAAAAUUAAAUUAGUGAUAGGAAAUAGCUAGGGUUUUUUACCUGUUUGGUAGCACACUGACCUCUCCUCAAAGAGCUUACAUAUGCAGUGAUUAUAUUGAGAGCUGCUGAGGAAGUAUGAGAAGAGACCUGGGAACCAGCAAAUGACUUGGGUUACACUAGAAGUAGACCAGAAAACCUUUCAAGCAAGAGAGCACUUCUAACAUCACCUUGGGCUAUAUUUUGCAUACAGUAAUUUUGUAGCAUGAUGAAGCUGUUAAACUUGCUGUUUUUAAAUUGUAUAGGCCCAUGUUUAUAAAUGUUAUUCUGUGAAAUUUGUUUAAAAAUAAUAUAACAUUAUUUUAGACAAACCUGUUUGGCUGUUGUGUAAUUAAAUAGUUCAGCUUGCAGAGAGCAUUCAGAAAUUGAAGUUUUUUCUCAUUAAACUUUCCUAGUUGCUCAGGGAGCAAUGUAUUUGUAGUAUGAGAGUAUGUAAAUGCUGUUCUAUUGCCUCUAUAUUUUAGAAUAGAAAAUAACUUAAGUCUUUUUAAAUGCUGAUAUAUUGUGAUUGUUGUCAUCUGAGACAUAAGUAUUUUUCCAUCUUCUAAGAUGCUGUUUGUCAGACUUUGUUCUUAGGUCCUAAGAGAAAAGUGUACUACUGCUAUACAGGGAAAAAAUCCAAAUAAGUUAAAUAAAUGGCUAGACUUUCUUCAGUA